AUGGAUUCUUAUGAAGCUACUAAGAUAGUUUACUCGAGGAUCCAAAGUUUGGAUCCAGAAAAUGCCUCAAAAAUCAUGGGGUUCCUUUUGAUACAAGACCAUGGUGACAAGGAGAUGAUACGCUUGGCAUUUGGACCAGAGACUCUGCUGCACAAUCUCAUCAUCAAUGCCAAAACCCAACUUGGCCUUCUUCAGUCAAAACCCAACUCUGCUACACCUUCUUCUCCUUCAACCUUCAACCCCAUCUCAAGGCCCAACCCUUUGUCCCUGUCCUCCAUAUCAAAUCCCUCCUCCCCAUCUUCAAACCUUUGGAGCCUCAGCAAUCCCAUGAGCCCCAGCUCCACUUCUUCACCCUCUUAUGCCAAUAUUGUUAGCAAAAACAGUAACCCUGGUUCUGUUUCUGGGUCUUUGUUGUCACCCACCAUAUCAUCAUCAUCUUUAUCUUCAGCCUACCAUUCUUCUACCAGUGAACUUGCUGAAAAAUACCAGCUUCAGAGCCAUCUUUCUUUCCUCAGUGAUCCAAAGACUGAUGAUUUGUUUGAUGGAAGCCAAAGUGCUUAUAGCAGUUCACUGCAAAAGCAAAGUUACUCUGUACCCAGCAUGUGUUUCGGAGCUGAAGAUGUAAAUUCUGGGGUUGGAUGGAAGCCAUGCUUGUAUUACUCAAGAGGGUUCUGUAAAAAUGGAAGCAGCUGCCGUUUUCUCCACAGUGGCUCCAUUAACGCUGAUGGUGCCUCCGUUGAUGUUGGUUCUCCUAGCAAUGUCAAUGUACUUGAGCAGUGUCAAGAGUUACUCAGAUCCAAUGCUGCUACCCAGCAGCAGAAACAAGCCGCAGUCUCACAUUUUAUGGCUGGUGGUACUUCUUUUCCAUACAACAAGUGCAUGAAUUUUUUUAUGCAGCAACAAAAUGACACUAAAAGGUCAGCGACAUCUACAUUGAUGAUGGGAGAUGAGCUUCACAAGUUUGGGAGAUACCAAUAUGAGAGAAAUGACAUUUCAACUUUAACUUUGGGAGGAAAUGUUAAUCACAGUUCAAGGCAGAUCUACUUGACAUUCCCAGCUGAUAGUACAUUUAGAGAAGAAGAUGUCUCUAAUUAUUUUAGCAUUUAUGGACCAGUUCAAGAUGUGAGGAUUCCAUACCAGCAAAAGAGGAUGUUUGGAUUUGUUACAUUUGUGUAUUCAGAGACUGUGAAGAUUAUUCUGGCUAAAGGGAACCCUCAUUUUGUCUGUGAUUCGCGGGUGCUUGUGAAGCCUUACAAGGAGAAGGGGAAAAUACCAGACAAGAAGCAACAACACCAGCAGUUGGAGAGGGGAGACCAUCAUAUCUGCACAAGCCUGUCUGGGAUUGAUUCUAGGGAGCCUUCUGACCUCAAUCUUGGAUCAAGAAUGUUUUACAAUACCCAUGAGAUGUUAAGAAGGAAAUUAGAGGAACAAGCUAAUUUGCAGCAAGCCAUUGAACUCCAAGAAAGAAGGCUUAUGAACCUGCAACUUCUAGGCAUCAAGAGUAACAAUCAUCAUCAUAAUCAACAUCAAUACUAUCAUGGUCUUUCAGAAGGGUCUCCAUUUCCCUCACCAACUUUAUCUCAUACACCCAAAAAUCAAUCCCUCAUUGUUUCACCAAAUGGGAAUAAAGAAGAAGUCCUAGAAGAAUUUGAAGGUAGUCUAGCUGAACAACUGCAGCAGGAGAUGGUGAAUCCAGCUUUCAAUCUCAUUGACCAUGGGAGUGAGGAUGACAAUGGCAAUGACUUCGACCUCCUUGAAUGUAUGGAGCACAUUCUGCCUGAUAACCUCUUUGCUUCUCCAAAAAAAUCAGCUGCUGACCAAAUAAAUGCCUUCUCAACUACUACUUCUGCAGAAGUCAGUACUGAAAGCACCAGAGUCACAACCAUUUCUUCUUACAACAAUAAUAAUAAUUUACUGCCCACCACCUCUACCUCCUCCAAUGCAAAUGCAACUUCCCCAAAAUCUGUUCUCUCAAAAUGCCCAGCAUGGCCAGCAGCAAUGGGGAGAUUGACUUUGCUAGGAAACAAUUGA